UCUGUCUGUGCUCGUGGCAAGCGCGCGGCGGCGCAAAAUGUUAACAGUAGUAGAGGUGAUGGUGACGCUGUUAGUAGCCCGUUCGCUCUGUCGCUGCAGCGGGAACAACAACAACAGCGACGACGAAGACGACGAUGACGACAAUAACAACACCAACAGACAUCCACGGCAACAGUCCGCCGCUAGCGGUCGACCAAUGACGGCACUGGUAUAAAAGACCUUCUGCUGCUGCUGCUGCUGCUGCUGUAGGUACGAAGAGUGAGCUGCAGCCGGCCGCCGUCGCAGCGGCGCUUCAGCCAAUUCUACCAUCGCCAUCACCAGCACAGCAAAAACCGACAGCAGCAGUCGGUCAGAAGCGCCCUGGAGGCCGAGUGGCCAGGAGCUCCUUGUUGCCCCUUGACGAAAUCGGGCGAUUCAACGACCACAGACAAAUAGGAAUAGUACAUAUGUGGAUUGACGAAACGACUGUCAGAUACAGGACAUCACGGUAACGCCGGCCAGCAAGCAUGCGAUAUGUCGCUUAGCCCACGGUAACGGUACGCUCGCCACAACGUCUUCUGGUUCACUACAACUGUAUUGCUGAUCCAACUCUCCACCGGUCCUGAAUGCGUCUGACUGUGCGUGGUUGACGAUGAUCAUCAUCAUCACCUGAUGAUAAUAACAGUUGUUGGCUGUGAACUCUAUGUAAUUUUACUGCUUUGGUAGUGCAGCAGGGGUAGCAGGCUGCAUUGGUUUGAAUAUCGAUAUACGUCCGUAUACAUGACGACGGCGAUCCUCAUCGAGAAGAGUGGUGCCCGCCGUACACGAACGCCACUCGUAAGAGUAACGGACGUGCUCUAAAAGUAACGGUGUGCGCGAGUGCCAUGCACUUAGCUGUGUGCCCAGAAGUACAGCGCGUUGGAAAGCAUCGCUCAAUAUGUACAGAUCUAGUUAUCGUAAAUCUCUGCCUGAAGGAUUAAGUUACAUAUAGGUGGGUGUGAUUUUUCAAUGUGUAGUGCGUACAUAUGUUUUUCGCCGGUUUGGAGGGUGUCUAGUAUGUGCUGCUAUGAAAAUUUCGUUUGGCAUAAGGAUUACCACAGCGGAAGCAACGAUUGCGACUACCGCAGGAUUAUAUGGUCGUUGUAGUUGUGGUUGUGGCCUCCCGUACAAUCGCGCCCUUAAACGUUGCUUGUAGUGCUCGUAGUGAAUCGAGAGUAGUGACGCCAGCAGUAUUAGCAAUCGUGUAUCCGAAAAAGCGAAACGUGACCAGGCAUACGUGCCUUCGUCACGACCUGGAACUGAACUCUCUGCUAUACGAACAAGCUUGAGCGGAUCACGGGGCCAGAUCAACUAAUGUUUAAGUGCGAACUAGCGCGAUUCUCGAGCUCCUGCUGUUGUUGCGCUUCAAGAAGGUUCGCGCCACCUCGAUUGCGGGCCUCUUGCCAAUCUGCGAUGUUGCUCGCAAAUGAAUAUGUUCCUUGAAGGCGGUCUAUCCCCUACGGUGGCAAACGCCAACCUAACCUUUUGUUCAGUUGAGUGAUAACCUAUCGGCAAACUGCAGGACAACUUGAAGCCGCAGGUGAAGCGGCCACUCGUACGUCGUUGUCACGGGAAGAUGCCUAUCGUAGACCCGGGAGGUACAGGUUCGAUGCCGCAUUGUUGGCUACGCCACGAAGUUCUGCAGUUUUGACAUUUGGCGAUUGGAUAACACUACCUUCAUGAGCCUUUUCGGCCAGUCUUCGCUACGAAUAACCCAAGACAUAAUAAAUGGUUGUACACUGUAUAGCGACGAAACACUAACGCGAUGAACUUAUUAGAAAAGCUGGAUCAGGAAAGCGACGUCGUGGACGAGCUAAGAAAUCACCUUGAGCUCGUGCUUGAGGGCUUCCUAGCUGGCCCACUAAGCUCCGCUCCGAUUAGCAAAUUAGUUACUGACCCUGGCUAUGAAGAGCUGGUCGAUGAAUUUCGCCCUAAGUUGAAUGAAGCGUUCGUGUCAUUUCUCUCAGCGCUGCUGUAUGCCCUCAAGACGUCGCUUAUAGACGUCGAACUAAUCGACCGCAGAGCGUAUGACCUGUCGGCGGCGCAUGACCACUUGAAGAACCUUAUAAAUUCCCUCAAAAGUGCAGUAGAUAUCUGGCUAAGGAAACUGCCAGAAAAGCCUAAACUUGUCGCACGAGAGCAGGACGUUGAUAAGGCUUCCCUGACAUACGAAAACUCAUUAGCAAUGAGUUGUGUUAACAAAGUCCUUACUUCUAGUCUGUCGAAAAAUGAAAAAGCAAUGGCUCUCAACACAAAGCUUGGUGAAGGCGAUUAUAGCUAUGAGUCCAGCACGACGCUCACCGUCUUUUGUGAUGGCGACCACGAUGACUGGCAUAUUUCGAAAGUUGAGAUGCAAGGGCAAUCGAAAAAACACGCGGAGGAAAAUCGUCUAAAACCAUUUUCCGCCGGUGCAUGCGGAGGCGUGCCCUUUCCGGAGUACGGCGUUGAUAUCGUGGACUAUAAUUGGCGGGGACCUGAUAGCUUGGAGCGAACCAAACGUACAAGUGAUGUCACGGAUCAUCAGAACCCCGCUGCCGUGCCGAUGAUGACCACGGAGUGGGAAGAUAACUGGCUAUUUAGGCGAAAAUCCGUGGCUCGAAUGGAAGCUUUUAACCUUGAACCUGUGCAAAUGGUCAUUCCUAAACCUAAAGAUCCUGGCACAGGUAUAACGUUGGGCAGUCUUGAUAUUGACAUAUUAUCGGAACUCUCUGAAAAUAAUUCCGUUGCUUCUCUUGACUUCUCGUCUACCGAAAGCGAAUCUGAUCGUCCUCAGGUGACUGGUGCUGUAAUGAAACCUUUAUUGCAAGCCAAAAGCUCAACUGUCGGACAUGCGCAUGGCAAGGUCACAGUUAGUGAGCAGUCAACAGCUUCGGGCUCCGCAAGGCCAGCAGGUACCACAAUCGUAACCGUGAACGGCUCCGGUGAUCACAGUAUCGUCAUUGAGACCCACAAACAUAGUAGUAGAGCUGAAACAGCACAGCGAAGCGAUGCCACACUCGAUAACACGUUUGUGCUUACGCCGGCACCACGGAGAGAGCCUCAAAAACCACUUAUAGGACCACGGGCAAAAGCAACAUUUGAUGGUAAAGUCGUUAUGGAAAACAUUGAAGAAAUCAAAAAUAACAAUAUUCAUCAAAUGCUUAUGAGAUCUAGUGGUAAUAGCGCAGAUAUCGACCGUCAAUCACCACAGGGCCGUAGUAGUAAUGUUGCCUACGAUGAAUUUUCCGUUAGAGCGUUCCAAGAGGAGACACUGCAAAUGUUCGAAGAGUGCCUUGAGUUCAGGGACCGUAUCGACACAACUGGAACAAGUAACUCAUUUCCGUCGUUUACUGAAGAGGAGCUUGACGUGCCCACCAGCGUAUCAACAGAGUUCUCGUUUCGCCGUAGUCCCGAAGGUUGUUCGUCGUCUGCUGAGCCACAAUCUCAAAUUAACGCAUAUUCAACCAACCUGACUAAGACAUAUAUCGAUAAAUCGUUGUUAAGCCCAGAAACACUUCUUUUAACGGCUAAGCAACCAAGGGAGAAACGAUUACAACUGAAAGAACUGAAUCAAAACGAGCAGCAAUUGCAAAAAUGCCGGCAAAACAUCAUCAUAUCGGACCAUCAGCAUGACCACGACAUCAGAUCAUCUGUAGAUAGCUGCACUGCGGUUGAUGCGCCACUUCCCACCCAGAAAAUACGCGCAGUCUUGCAGCCAAAGGAAGCAGCUCCGACGAUGACGACGGAACGUGAAGAAAUUGCCGUAAGUGCAUCCAUCUCCUCCGGCAGAGGCUCGACAGCUUCGACCGAUUCAGCGUCGUCGGUGCAGUCGUACGGCCUCACAAAUCGCGAGUCUGCAUCAGCUUCGCGACUGAGCGAGACUAGUCUCGAUCAGGACCGGAGUAUUAGCGCUGAGCCGUCGUGUCACGACGACCACCACUCCGCCGCCGCCGCAGCAGCCGCCACGAUUGUUAUUCAACAACGAUCAAGCGGACCUUACAGUAGCAAUUCGAUUGCUGAGGAGAGGGCACGCCUAACGUCAGCGAGUGAGCAACCGCAGACGACGGUGGACCUUAGAAGAGCGUCAUACAAGGCUGCUGCCUUGGAGGAAGCAGCAACUGCCGAUAGCGCUGGAACCUUGAGAAAAGCCACUAACGAUAAUAGAAACACUGGUGAUAAUGCAGCGGCAGCGGUGACAGCAACAGGAGCUGUAAAGUCAGGAGUGCCGUCGAUAGUGAAACAUUUCGAACAGCCUCAUAUUGAAAAGAAUUCGGAAUUAGAUAGAGACCAAGACAUCUAUUGCGUGGCACCUACAUCCAAACUUGAAGUAACCCGACGACCCACGAUAUGUUCAGUAGAAUCUUCAGAAAGCUCGUCGGCGUUAUUGGGCCUACGAAAAAGCAUGUCCAUUGAGAGUGAUGUAGAACAAAGGGUGCAGCGUUUCCAAAGCAGCACUCUACCAAAUCCGAAAAGGCGAAGUGGUGCGUUAGAAAGAGCGCAGCGUGGACCGGUUUCUCCGAUGCCUGCGAAACGCAAUCUUCUCAACAUGAGCAGUUCGCAGCAGAAGGUCGACAUAUUCGCUUCGCCAGCUGAAUCGUCAAAUUUUCCCAGCUCCGCCGUCGAUACAAUCCCCGUGCCAAAGAAUCGCCGCUGUUUCACGCAAGUUUUUCCUCGGCCGCCACCGGCGGGCCACGCUCCCGAGCCAAUUGCCGAAUGCCCCGAUCUGUCAGGCGUUGUGCUGCUGAAAGCGGCCCGUGGUUCGUUCGGUGUACAAAUCUACCCUACACCGGUUCCCCAGCCUCGACGUCGUCGAAGCACAGGAGGAGCCGAAGGAACUUGUGAAACUUUUUCAAGACGAGUGUUCGCGCGAGUCGAGUCAUCGCGUGCGCCGCAGGACGUCGAUAUCACGCCAAUGAAGAAGACCGUCAUCGAGCAAGAUCUUCAGGAUAAACUGCCUAGUGUCAAAUGUCUAGCUAGCCGUUUCUGUGAACCAGUUCGGCCGGGCGAUUUCCAAAGCUCCACACUACCAACGCCCGGCAGGCGUCGUAAGGAGAACGCGCGAAAAAAAGACGACGACCUCGCCCGCCGUCUCAGUCAAUUUGACAGCUACACGUAAUAAUGAACUCUUUCCCAUAUUAUAGAACUAUGCUAAAAUUACGCCAACAGCAGCGCGGAAAACGGUCCUGAAGUCACACCCAAUACGCUUAAUUAUCGCCGAGUGCAAAUUAGGAUAUCCGCGCUCCUUCGAGCUAGGAAUAUAUUAUACAUAUACAUCGUAAUACAAUAUUACGAACAAUAUUAUUGAUAAUAAGUGUUAUGGCUGAUACUAAUCAUGUUUACCCCUAGAGCCCCAUCGUUAGCAGUGUGGUGGUUCAAGUGGUGUUGUACACAAGUAAAUACAGUGAUGUAGUGCUAUGAGAGAGUGCGAAUCGGAAAAGGAAGACGAAAUCGUGUAUUUGUAGACCGGAUGGAUGCAAAGGUGAUGAAGGAAGAUCAAAUAUACAAACAGACGUUGCCCCGCGAUCCCAAGAAGACAGAGAGGCGGUGUGUGUCCGUCGUACGUCACAACUAAAAAGAGCAACAAAAUGACGAAAAGGCUAUGAGAAAGAUAAACAGAAAAAUAAAUCCGAAGUAGAAUAGUCAAGGACUGCCAUGUUUUUCUUAUAUUUGUUUAUAUACACUCGCAAAUACAUGGAUAAAUUCACUGGAUAGGGU